GUAAGUGCAUGAAGUCAAAGGAAGGCUAAUGGAGUAACAGAUGAUCAAGCAAAAUAGAUGACGCGCUGUCAAAACCAGAUUGUUGUUUUGAUUUGUUCUUGUUGGCUACAUCCUCUCAGUACAUGAAGGCUUGUACCGUGUGGAGUUCACAUCACCAUGGCCCCUUCAGAAAUAUAGUGAAAAGGACAUCGGGCAACUGUUUCUUUACGGAGUUCUUUAGGAAGACCGAUGCCUAGGAUCAACAAGACGGUCGCGCUAGCCCUUCUCAUCGCAACCAGCACCAUAUUUCUGCUGUUCCAGCUCUACUAUUACAGACAAUACGCUCCUAAGUAUGGCCUUUCUGUGUUUGGUGGGAAGGGCCAUCUGUCAGCAAAGGAAUCACAGUGGCUUGUGGUGAAGAAGUUCUUGGCGCUGGUCCGUAGGUUCAACCUGCCUGUGUUCCUGGUAGACACAGCCUCGCUGGCUCUCCUCUCUGAGGAUGCAGUUCUGCUGAAGGAUAGCCAGCUGAAGAGUCCUCACUGCAGCUUCCUGUGCACGCACAGAGAGUUCACCACCUUCGCACUGCUCGGAAACCUCUGGAAAUAUGAUGCCAGUUUUCUGGAGGCCGCUGAGGAGCGAGGCCUGGAGUUCCUGGAGAUUCGCGGAAAAGACCCCCGGUUGGUCAGUAUGGACGAUGUGUCCGUAAAUGAGAUCCCCCUCCACUUCUUGUUCCGCCUGGGGGGGCGGAUGGUCCAUGUGGUUGUUCUGUAUGAACGCAGUGGGCAUUACCUCUGGCACGGCCCCCUGCGGCUGAGGGAGCCAACAGACAGAACCUUUGCUCCUUUCAAGAGGCUGGACUUUGGUUGCCAUGCAGGGGCAUACAACAGACCUGAGCUUAUUCUGACCACUUUGGAUGGGUUAGAUGUCCUGAUCCCCAAAAACCUUUCCCGCUUCUUGAGCGAACAUUCCCAAGCCCGUUUUCUGGAAUGUCGGUAUAGAGAGGCCCGAGCUUUCUACCAGCUGUAUCCUGAUGAUACUUCUCCAGAGGCCAUGGACUUCAGGAUGAAAGCCAAGAGUCUCCUCCACCUGACAGCUCAGGUCCUCAGCCAGGUCGGCGUGCCCUUCUGGCUCAGCAGUGGCACGUGUCUGGGCUGGUUUCGACAGUGUAAUGUAAUUCCCUACAGUAAAGAUGUGGAUGUCGGCAUUUGGAUCAAAGAUUACAAGCCCAGCAUCAUAGAGGCGUUUCAGAGGGCAGGCCUCCCACUCAAACACAAAUUUGGGAAGGUGGAAGACAGUCUUGAGCUGUCCUUUCAAGGUCUGGACGUGAAACUGGACAUUUUCUUCUUCUACAAGGAGAAUGACAUUGUCUGGAAUGGAGGCACUCAAGCUAAAAGUGGCAAGAAAUUCAAAUACGUGUUCCCACACUUCAGUCUGUGCUGGGCGGAGCUCCUGGAGCUUAGGGUACGGGUUCCCUGCGAGACCUUGGACUAUGUGACUGCUAACUACGGACCAGAAUGGAUCAGGCCCGUGAAGACCUGGGACUGGAAAAGUUCUCCUCCCAAUGUGCAGGAAAACGGGGUGUGGCCCGUCAGAGAGUGGGAUGAACUUAUCCAGGUGUACUGACACAACAGGACUGGACAGAACACUAGAAAAUACUGUGCGAUAACUGCUUGUUCAACAUUUCACAUUUUAAUGAUUGUCAGUACCUGCACACUUUGUCAGGCAUAUCUUCAGCUCCAUGUUUUAUGGACGAGAUGUGCUGAUGAAGCUGAUCUGAGCAGCAUGUCUGUCAUAGAGACAUGGUCGAAGCUCUGUAUAACACACUAAUCAAAGCAUGAUGCCAGUUAUCAAACUAUCAGUGUUUCUAUGGCAACACCCCCAGAUCUGAAGCAUCCUUCUCCGUGACACUAACAAUCAUAAGUCAAAUGGAGGAGUAACACAGAAGUCCUCCAGCGGUUUCAGAUGAACUGUGUGUAAAUGUAAAUAAAUAUACUGUGACAUGUUAGAG